UUCUCAGUAGAUGGAAACCCGUGCGUUGCUUCUGGAGUCCUCAACCUCAUGAAUCCAAUAACUACGCCUGCUACCACCACUCCUUUCAGUGCUUCUGUCGCCGAGCCUCCACGGAAGCGGAAAGGAAGCGAUUCCGAUAACCAGGAUACAGUUGAAGUUGAUGGUGAUCCUCAGAAAAGGAGUGAAGAUGAAGAACAUGUUAAAAUAAAAGAUUUCAGAGAGGCUCACAGUCAAACAGAGAAACGAAGAAGAGACAAGAUGAAUAAUUUGAUAGAGGAGUUGUCUGCUAUGAUACCUCAGUGCAAUCCCAUGGCACGAAAGCUAGACAAGCUUACAGUGUUACGGAUGGCUGUGCAACACUUAAAAUCCUUAAAAGGUUCCACUAGCUCCUAUACAGAGGUCCGGUAUAAACCUUCAUUUUUAAAGGACGAUGAGCUCCGACAGUUAAUCCUUAGGGCUGCAGAUGGAUUCCUGUUUGUGGUUGGAUGCAACAGAGGAAAGAUUCUGUUUGUCUCAGAAUCAGUUUGCAAAAUACUUAACUAUGAUCAGGCCAGUUUAAUUGGACAAAGUUUGUUUGAUUACUUGCAUCCAAAAGAUGUUGCGAAAGUUAAGGAGCAGCUUUCUUCUUCUGAUCUCUCUCCUAGGGAGAAGCUCGUAGAUGGGAAAACUGGCUUGCAAGUACACACAGAUUUUCAAGCUGGACCAACUCGACUGAAUUCUGGUGCUCGGCGUUCCUUCUUCUGUCGGAUAAAAUGUAGUAGGACCACAGUCAAAGAAGAAAAGGAGUGCUUGCCCAACCCAAAGAAGAAAGAUCACAGAAAAUACUGUACCAUUCACUGUACUGGGUAUAUGAAGAAUUGGCCUCCUAAUGAGGUGGGAGUAGAAGAGGAGAAUGAUGUAGAAAAGGACAGUAGUAACUUUAACUGUCUGGUUGCAAUUGGGAGGUUACACCCUUAUAUUGUUCCACAAAAGAGUGGAGAGAUUAAAGUCAAAGCAACAGAAUUUGUUACACGGUUUGCCAUGGAUGGAAAAUUUGUUUAUGUAGAUCAGCGUGCAACAGCAAUUUUAGGGUAUCUGCCACAAGAGCUUCUAGGAACGUCUUGUUACGAGUACUGCCAUCAAGAUGAUCACAAUCAUCUAGCUGAAAAACAUAAAGAAGUGUUGCAGAAUAAAGAAAAAGUGUUUACAAAUUCCUACAAAUUUAGAGCAAAAGAUGGGACUUUCGUUACUUUAAAGAGUCAGUGGUUUAGCUUCAUGAAUCCAUGGACCAAAGAACUGGAGUACAUUGUAUCAAACAACACUGUGGUAUUAGGUCAUAACGAGUCAGCUGAAGAACAGGUCCCCCACGGUUCCCAGCCUGCAGAAGAUGCUGUAAAACAGUCUUUAGUAAAUGUACCUGGAAUGUCCUCUGGAACAGUUCUUGGUGCUGGAAGUAUAGGAACCGAAAUUGCAAAUGAAAUAUUAGAAUUGCAAAGGUUGCAUUCUUCACCGUCUGGGGAGCUAAGUCCGUCACAUCUCUUGAGAAAGUCACCUUCUCCAGCUUUAACUGUAAACUGCAGCCAUGUGCCAAAUAAAGAGUUGAUUCAGUUAUGUCCUUCGGAAACAGAAGUUCUAGAGACUUCAGAACAAAACCAGGGUGCUAUUCCAUUUCCCAACAACGAGCCUCUCCUCAGUAAGAUUUCUCUCUUGGGGAUAUUUUGGGGGUUGCAGGGAAAGAUAUUUGUGACAAACGGCAUCAUUUCUGAGCGCACCACGUGGCAACCGUGUGCACGUUGUGAAGAG